GUGGUUUAAAGUUAAAGAGACUUCCACAAGCGAAGUGUUCUUAAGCGGCUCUUUCACGUGAAUUUUGCAGUUUGAGAGUGUUUUGUGAGCAAUCAUGUUGAAGCCAAAGGCACUGACACAAGUCCUCAGCCAAGCUAACACUGGAGGUGUUGAAAAUACCCUUCUCUUGAAUCACGAAGGAGCACUCCUGGCGUACAGCGGCUAUGGGGACAAAAAUGCCAGGGUGACAGCCGCGAUUGCUAGCAACGUUUGGUCGGCCUAUGAGAAGAAUGGAAAGUCAGCUUUCCUUGAAGAUCCUCUUCAGUUGGUUAUGAUGGAGUGCAUGGAUGGCAAAGUGGCGAUCACUCAGGUUGCAAAUUUACUUUUGUGUCUCUACGCCAAAAACACAGUUCCCUUUGGACUUCUUAAGGCGAAGGCUGAGGCGAUUGCAGAGUACCUUGAUAGCCCUCUCAAACAGAUUGCAGCAUCCUGAAUGUUUUAAGGACUCUGGCGAACAAAAGAACUGGAGCACCAUUCAUCCAGAUUCGGUCCCGCUCCCGCAGCAGCGGUGUGGCCCGACAUGCGCCUUGCCGCCAGUCAAUACAAACGAAAGAUCCCUCCUCCCCUCGUCCCCCUCCUCCCGGUGCCCGGUGAACAGCUGGACGUGUUUACAGGUGAAAAACAGAGUGAGGUUUUAGUUGUGUCCGCGAUUGCAGCAGUCGGCCGAUCGUAGCAGCCGAUCCGUCCGAUCGAUCGAGUCGAUCAAGGUUGCGCCGACCUUAAUUCGGCGCCGCGGGAAGGCUUCCUUGUCACUCACGGCUCGCACCGCUCGCGGUUUUUAUUUUUACAUUCUAGAAGCGACACAUGCGCUGUAUUACUGUCCAAGGGGUUGGUUGGCAGGAGCACUUAAUAGUACAUUUUGCUUGGCGACGAGCUGCAGCCGCGACUUCUAGUGCAGCAACUGCUUCCGUCGGCGCCGUCCCGACCGCUGGACAUGUUCUGAACGUCCGCCGAACGACAAACGAGCUCCCGACUCGCUGUUCGCCGACGUCCAGGUGUCUUUGUUUUUGAUCACCAGCGAGAGGUAAACAAGCACCAAAAUGUCAGACCUCAGGCAGAGGAAGCCCGCCGAAAGUGGCGAAGUGUCGCCGGUCGACGAGAAGACCGCCUCCGCCGAAAACAGCCAG